GGGGAGUGUGCACCUGCCACCAGUCAAGCCCAGCCAGACUGCGAGACAGGCGGAGCGAGCCCAGGGAGUGAGUGAACCAUGGACAAGUUGAAAUGCCUGAGCUUCUUCAAGUGCAGAGGGAAGGAGAAAGUGACGGCUUCAUCUGAGAAUUUCCAUGUUGGUGAAAAUGAUGAGAAUCAGGACCGUGGUAACUGGUCCAAAAAAUCGGAUUACCUUCUAUCUAUGGUUGGAUAUGCAGUGGGAUUGGGGAAUGUGUGGAGGUUCCCGUAUUUGACCUACAACAAUGGCGGAGGUGCCUUCUUGAUACCUUAUGCGAUUAUGCUAGCAUUGGCUGGUUUACCUUUAUUCUUCCUAGAGUGUUCACUGGGACAAUUUGCUAGCUUAGGUCCAGUUUCAGUGUGGAGAAUUCUUCCAUUGUUUCAAGGUGUGGGGAUUACAAUGGUCCUGAUAUCCAUUUUUGUGACAAUCUAUUACAAUGUCAUAAUAGCCUACAGUCUUUACUACAUGUUUGCUUCAUUCCAAAGUGAGCUGCCGUGGAAACACUGUUCUGAUUGGGCAGAUGAAAACUGUAGCAGAACGCCGAUAGUAACACAUUGUAAUGUGAGUAUAAACAUGACUGAAAUCAUCCAAAUGAAUAAAAGCUGGGUAGAUGCCAACAAUUUUACCUGCCUCAAUGGAAGUGAAAUUUCUCAGCCAGGGCAGCUUCCCAGUGAACAAUACUGGAAUAAAGUUGCGCUCCAGCGGUCAAAUGGAAUGGAUGAUACUGGAGUCAUUGUGUGGUAUUUAGCACUUUGUCUUCUUCUGGCUUGGCUCAUAGUUGGAGCAGCACUAUUUAAAGGAAUCAAGUCUUCUGGCAAGGUGGUAUAUUUUACAGCUAUUUUCCCCUAUGUUGUCUUACUCAUCCUGUUGAUCAGAGGGGCAACUCUGGAUGGUGCAUCAAAAGGCAUUUCUUACUACAUAGGAGCACAGUCAAAUUUUACAAAACUUAGGGAAGCUCAGGUAUGGAAGGAUGCUGCCACACAGAUAUUUUACUCUCUUUCGGUGGCUUGGGGUGGCUUAGUUGCUCUAUCAUCUUAUAAUAAGUUCAAUAACAACUGCUUCUCAGAUGCCAUUGUAGUUUGUUUGACAAACUGCCUCACUAGUGUGUUCGCUGGAUUUGCUAUUUUUUCUAUACUGGGACACAUGGCUCAUAUAUCUGGAAAAGAAGUCUCUCAAGUUGUGAAGUCAGGUUUUGAUUUGGCAUUCAUUGCUUAUCCAGAAGCUCUAGCCCAACUACCAGGUGGACCGUUUUGGUCCAUAUUAUUUUUCUUCAUGCUUUUGACUUUGGGUCUCGACUCUCAGUUUGCUUCCAUUGAAACGAUCACAACAACGAUUCAAGAUUUAUUUCCCAAAGUGAUGAAGAAAAUGAGGGUUCCCAUAACUUUGGGUUGCUGCUUGAUUUUGUUUCUCCUUGGUCUCGUCUGUGUGACUCAGGCUGGAAUUUACUGGGUUAAUCUGAUUGACCAUUUCUGUGCUGGAUGGGGCAUUUUGAUUGCAGCUAUACUGGAAAUAGUAGGAAUCAUCUGGAUUUAUGGAGGGAACAGAUUCAUUGAAGACAUAGAAAUGAUGAUUGGAGCAAAAAGGUGGAUAUUCUGGCUAUGGUGGAGAGCUUGCUGGUUUGUCAUUACGCCUAUCCUUUUGAUUGCAAUUUUGGUCUGGUCAUUGGUGCAGUUUCAUAGACCUGAGUAUGCCAAAAUUCCAUACCCUGACUGGGCAGUUGCUCUAGGCUGGUGUAUGAUAAUUUUCUGCAUUAUCUGGAUUCCAAUUAUGGCUAUCAUAAAAAUAAUUCAAGCUAAAGGAAACAUCUUUCAACGCUUUAUAAGCUGCUGCAGACCAGCCUCUAACUGGGGGCCAUACCUGGAACGACAUCGUGGGGAAAGAUACAAAGACAUGGUAGAUCCUAAAAAAGAGACUGACCAUGAAAUACCUACUGUUAGUGCCAGCGGAAAACCAGAAUGAGUUCUCAUCUUUAAAAAUAUGUGGUGACGUAAUGUGAUUGUUUUAGAAUAGAGGGAAUUUUUAUUUAUUUGUAUGUCGAAUAGAAAAAUGUAUAUACUAUGUUUAUAAUAGUAUAAUGAGCUUUUUUUCUCCAUUUAAGCAGGAAUGUAAUAUAAAAAUGUGAAGCUACUACUAUUUAGCAAUGUGAUUAUUAUAUUUGUUUUAAGAUUUUCUGUUAACACACACAUAGCUGCCUCUAUUUCAUAAUAACAUUGUUGUAAUUAUUACCAGAAUAUUUUUUCUAAUAUAUUGAAGGCUUUAUUUUUGAGCUGGUUUAUUUAGAAAAUAGUUAUAUUUUCUAUUAUACAUGUUUUUAACUAUUAGUUGCUUACAUUUUCUUAGCAUACAAUCUUUCUUUUCCAUAAAGCGGGGAGAAUAAAUCAAUAUAUUGAAAAGAAA